CUCUGUAACAUUCCCCCACAGAGAGCCCUAUUCUUCACAGUGGCGUGAAAAACAUGAAGGUGCUGAAGACCACUCAGUCUGGCUUCGAGGGCUUCUUCCGAGACCGCUUCACCACUCUACAGGAGGCCAAGGACAGGUGUUUCUGUACCUCUGUCUACGCCAGGUGGCGCUACAACAAGGUCCAGAAUGUCAACUUUGACAGCACAUGGAACUCUGUCAAGGAGACAAUAAUUGAGAAGUUUGCUGGCCCAUACGAUCGUGGAGAGUACUCUCCCUCGGUGCAGAAGACCCUCUACGACACACAGGUCAUAGUCCUGGAUAGGGUGCCUGAGAUUGAAGAGAUUGAGAUAGUCAUGCCUAACCAACAUUAUUUCACCAUUGACAUGACGAAAAUGGGUCUCACCAACAACAACGAAGUUCUUCUGCCAUUGGACAAUCCUUCAGGGAACAUCAUGGGCACAGUACGCAGGAAGCCACAAGCAAAGCUAUGAAAAGGAACACAAAGCUACCCGAAAAUACUUUAAUCACAGUGAGAAGAAAACGAUAAUUAUUGUACCAUCGGUUAAGAGCUCUCCAAACACAGCAUACUGAUCAAUCUACAAGGCUGUGUUCAUUAGGCACCAAACAGAAAGAAAAACAAACUGAAACAGGGAGGACUAACCUGUCCACUUUUUUCUCUGUUGCAAAUGUAUUUCCAUUGCGUGCCCUAAUGAACACUACCCAGGCACAUGUUAAGUGAAGUAAAAAAUGUACAAAACUGUA